CGGACCUUUGCGAAACGCAGGUCCUGGGAAGCUAACAUGCAAGUGGCACUUGUUAAGUGUUCUUGGAGAAACAUUCAGGUUUUUUAGGCUCCCUGGAGGUGUUUUGUCACUGGUGGAUAUUCCAAGAUGACGGUGAUGAGUCACCUGAGAGUGAUUCUGCAAGCAUCUUCAUGUACAUUGCUAUGGAGAAGGUUCCGGGUUCCGAAGUCUAUGCCAGUGAGGUCCUGCAGUCUCUAUACUUGCACUUACAGAACCAGGAACCGAGCCUUACCGCCACUCUGGGAGAACUUGAACCUUGUUCCUGCGGGUGAUCGUCAGUCACCCAUCAACAUCCGAUGGAGGGACAGUGUUUAUGACCCUGACUUAAAACCACUCACCAUCUCAUAUGACCCGGCCACCUGCCUCCACAUCUGGAAUAAUGGGUACUCUUUCCUUGUGGAAUUUGAAGAUUCUACAGAUAAGUCAGUGAUUGAGGGAGGACCCCUGGAACACAACUACAGACUGAAGCAGUUUCAUUUUCACUGGGGGGCCAUUGAUGCUUGGGGCUCUGAGCAUACCGUGGACAGCAAAUGCUACCCAGCAGAGCUGCACCUGGUACAUUGGAAUGCAGUCAAAUUUGAAAAUUUUGAGGAUGCAGCACUGGAAGAAAAUGGUUUGGCUGUGAUAGGUGUGUUUCUAAAGCUAGGUAAACAUCAUAAAGAACUACAGAAAUUGGUAGACACUUUGCCAUCAAUUAAGCACAAGGACACCCUGGUGGAAUUUGGCUCAUUUGACCCCUCCUGUCUGAUGCCUACUUGCCCAGAUUACUGGACCUACUCUGGGUCUCUCACUACUCCGCCCCUCUCAGAGUCUGUUACCUGGAUCAUUAAGAAGGAGCCAGUAGAGGUUGACCGUGAUCAGCUUGAGCAGUUUCGGACCCUGCUUUUCACUUCUGAGGGAGAGAAAGAGAAAAGAAUGGUGGACAACUUCCGGCCACUUCAGCCACUGAUGAAUCGCACUGUCCGCUCAUCCUUCCGCCAUGAUUAUGUGCUCAAUAUGCAAGUGAAGCCCAAGCCAACAGCCAGCCAAGUCACCCCCUAAGAUGUUCAUAUUUAGGCAGCAUCUUACUUUAAUGCAUAUUAGCUUAAA